GGGAUACUAUCACCGUCGUCUCCUCCCCAUCCAUUGCAAGAUGAGCUCUCUCCGCUUCGCUCGCUCUGCCCUCCGGGCCCGUCCCUCUGCCUUCCGCGUUCCUCUCCAGCGCAGAGGUUACGCCGAGGCCGUGAACGACAAGAUCAAGCUUUCCCUGGCCCUUCCUCACCAGACUAUCUUCAAGUCCACCGGCGUUGUCCAGGUCAACAUUCCCGCCGAGUCCGGAGAGAUGGGUGUUCUCGCCAACCACGUUCCCUCCAUUGAGCAGCUCAAGCCCGGUCUUGUUGAGGUCGUUGAGGAGGGUGGUGCUACCAAGAAGUUCUUCCUCUCCGGUGGAUUCGCCGUUGUCCAGCCCGACUCCCAGUUGAGCAUUAACGCUGUCGAGGGUUUCCCUCUUGAGGACUUCAGCUCCGACGCCGUCAAGAACCAGAUCGCCGAGGCCCAGAAGAUUGCCAGCGGCAGCGGCAGUGAGCAGGAUAUCGCUGAGGCUAAGAUUGAGCUCGAGGUGCUCGAGACCCUCCAGGCUCACCUCAAAUAAAUUACCUGAUGUACAUAUCCACUCGCGAUUCCAGCCUUGAACGUGUAGAACUAUAACCAAUUAUUAUUCUUUAUUGACCUCUCAAACACGUGCUUCGAUGGCAUCUUUACUAUUGUUUUGCCUGUUUAGGAAGCGUAUUCUUUGCACUUUUCUGGGUUGCAGACUUUGCUGCACACUUUCCUUCCAACGCAGUUACGACUCCUGCACUUCAUAAUUUACGCACUUUUUUCUUCCCACCUUUACUGAACUAUAGCUAUGCAUCAUCUAAUCAGAGCACUUGUUCUUACUCAA